UCGAUCUGAAGAAGAAGACCUAGUUCAUGCAGGAAAAGCCUACUUCAUUUGAAGGCAGGGGAAGGUAUAGAUAUAGUGAAGGGGUAUACCUACUGAAAAGAAAAAGAUAUAAGUGAUUUGUAUCAGUUAGAAAAACUAGAACCUCACUUUUUUGCUGCCUUUUUUAAGGAUUCAUAUUUGUAACUUUCAAUGUUAGGAAUUUCAUUAGUUUCGAGAAUUUUGUGUCAGUAUGACUUUAGGCUUACCUCCGUCCCUAGAUCUUCAGCGAGUUCCGAGAAAAUGAAUUACUCUCUCUCUUUAUCUAUCUAUCUAUGUAUAUAUAUGUAUGUACAUCCAUAAAUGCUACUGCUGAACGUCGAAACUGAGUAAGGACGAAGAAUUAUUUUAUUCAAGAGCACACUUGCUUUCUUAUCACAACUAGAUUCCAUGCUUAAAAACGCUUUUAUGACUGUUAUCUAGUUAUGAGCUCACAAUGUGCUCAACGAUUUAGAAAAACGUCGUUCUCCACAUACCUGAUUGCCAUAUCAAUCCUCACCUGCUGGAACCUUGUUGGUUUUCUGAUCCUUCAGAACCACUACAGUGGAGAACAAAGAUGGACAUUCAACUUUUUUACUGAAUACAACCAGGUCUCGCAGUUUACUUCUCCAGGUCACCAGCCAGGACUUUUAAAAAACCAAACUGAAAGGCGUCCAUUAAUUAUCACUAAACAAGACUUGGAAACUUUUCAGUAUAGUACGUUUAUAUUCAACGUAAGUAAAGGAAGGCUUGAUAGCUCGAAAAGGUAUACAAUUCACGACUUUGUGGUCAAUAGAACAGAUUGCAGCCAUUCAUCAUACAGUGAUAGCAUCUGCCUUGCAACGCAGGGAUCAGUUGACCGUCUAUAUUGGUUAGUUGAUGUAGCCGGUGCUUGGGAAGGUGAUAUUUCUGUAUCAGUAUUUGUGCCAGAUGUUGAGUUUUCCGUAGCCAAAGUUUAUAUAUCUUUCUUAAGACACUGUUUUGUGAAUGUAAAAUGCCAUGUUAGCUUCCACAUUGUCUAUCCAACGCACAUGCCACCAUUGAUUACAUCAGACGCACCAACAUUGAAUAAGUUGACUUGUAAAGCUUACAAAGAAGUACUAGAAGGUUUGUUAAAAGAGCGUCCUGAUAAGUUUGUAAAGUGGAGAAACAAGCUUCUUUAUCCACAGAAUCACAUGCGCAAUGUUGCUCGUGAUGGAUGCCAUACAGACUAUCAUCUACUCACAGACAUUGAUAUCUUGCCAGUACCAGGGUUAGCUGGUGAUCUCCAAAAGUUCUUGAAGAAACAAAAUAGGACCUCUUCGAAUAAGAUAGCUUACGUACUUCCCACUUAUGAAGUAUCAGCCACUGUCUCCUUACCAACCAAUAAACAAACCAUUUUGCAAUUGGUUAGUAAAGGUCAAGCUCGGCCUUUUCAUCAAGUCGUUUUUGUGCACAAUCAGUAUGCAACGAAUCACUCACUGUGGGAAAAACUCCCGGAAUCUAAGGUAUUAAGAGCUGCUUACCCUAUUACAAAGUAUGAAUUUUUCUAUGAACCGUUCUAUGUUUCUAAGAUGGACAUACCAAGACAUGACGAACGAUUUAUAGGAUAUGGUUUCACAAGGAACACACAAGUAUUUGAAAUGAUAAUGGCAGGAUACCAGUUUCAGGUGUUGGAUCCAGUAUUUGCUGUUCAUUGUGGACUACAGACACGACGUGGCAGAAGUGUAUGGAGGGAGAGACAAAACGUUAUUAACCGUAAAUUAUUCCUCAGGUUUAAAAAAGAUAUUAUAAGGAAAUAUUCUAAGCAGCCAUAAAUUAAUAUUUUAUUACAA